AUGGCUCUUCUCCAAGCUAGAGUCAAGAGUGUCCUUUCGGGCGACACCUUGAUAAUCACCAACCAGAAAGGUGCUGAACGCACCCUUUCUCUAGCAUACAUUUCUGCUCCUCGUUUGAAGAGAGAAGGGGACGAACCUUUUGCCUUUCAAUCUCGCGAGUUCAUUCGAGAACAGUGCCUCGGCAAGGUGAUUCAAUUCCAGGUCCUCUACGCCAUUCCUACCACGAAAAGAGAGUACGGCCGAGUUAAACUUCCUACCGGGGCUGAGUUGCCCGACCUGAUCGUGCAGGAAGGGUGGGCCAAAGUUCGAGAAGAUGCAGGCAGAAAGGAGGACGACGAGGAAGCCCUUGCAUACUUGGACAAGCUCCGAGCCCUUGAAGGCGAGGCAAAGUCGGAGGGCAAGGGCGUCUGGGGUAAGGGCGGUCACAUUGAGACGUCCUCAGAGGUCGCCGACCCUAAUGCUCUCGUCGAGCAGUACAAGGGCAAGAAGAUUGAUGCCAUUAUUGAGCGUGUCCUCACUGGAGAUCGCUUGAUUGCACGGAUCAUGCUCACUCCCACCAAGCACGUUCAGACCAUGCUGGUCAUGGCGGGGAUAAGAGCUCCAGCCACCAAACGAACCUCCCCCGAAGGCAAAGACAUCCCUGCAGAGCCGUACGGCACUGAAGCGCAUACUUUUGUGGAGGAACGGUUACAUCAACGGAAGUGUGCAGUUGAAUUGCUCGGGGUGACACCACAGAACCAACUCAUAGCAAACGUACUACACCCCAAAGGCAAUAUUGCGAAGUUCCUGCUUGAAGCUGGUUUGGCUCGAUCGAAUGACCAACAUGUCACGCUGCUUGGGAACGAGAUGUCACAAUUCAGACAGGCUGAAAACGCCGCCAAGACUGCCAGAAAGGGUGUCUUUACUGGUGUCUCCUCCAAAGCUGCUGGUGUACAGGAGGCUGAUUUUACCGUCUCGCGAGUCCUCAAUGCCGAGACCGUCUUCAUUAGAACCCGAUCUGGCGAAGAGCGGAAAGUGACCCUUUCGAGCAUACGCCAACCCAAGCCUUCCGAUCCGAAGCAAGCUCCAUUUGGCGCCGAUGCAAAGGAAUUCCUGAGAAAGCGUCUAAUCGGCAAACACGUCAGAGUCAGCAUCGACGGUAAGAGGCCUGCUUCCGAGGGGUUUGAGGAGCGUGAAGUAGCUACAGUUACCCUCAACGGGAAAAACAUUGCCUUGGCUAUGGUCGAAGCUGGAUAUGCUUCCGUCAUCAGACAUCGCCGCGACGACGACGACCGUUCCCCAGAUUACGAUGCGCUUCUCCUUGCAGAGGAAACUGCCCAAAAGGAAGAAAAGGGCAUGUGGUCACCCAAAGCACCCGCAGCCAAGAAAUACCAGGAUUACUCCGAAAGUCUACAAAAGGCCAAGAUGGAGGCCUCAGUCCUGCAAAGACAAAAGAAAGUUCCUGCCGUGGUCGAUUUUGUGCGAGCUGGCUCAAGAUUCGUCGUCCUUGUUCCGCGUGAAAACGCCAAGUUGACGUUUGUCCUGUCUGGAAUCCGCACACCGAAACCUGCAAGACAACCAGGUGACGCUUCUGAACCAUUCGGACAAGAGGCUCUGGAUUUCGCCAGCAGGAGAUGCAUGCAGCGAGAUGUUGAGAUCGACGUUGAAACCACAGACAAAGUUGGCGGCUUCAUCGGCACCAUGUACGUCGGACGAGAAAACUUUGCCAAAGCCUUGGUCGAGGAAGGUCUAGCAUCAGUGCACGCCUACUCUGCCGAACAAAGUGGACAUGCCAAUGAGCUCUUCGCGGCCGAAAAGAAAGCCAAAGAGGCACGAAAGGGUAUGUGGCACGACUGGGACCCCAGCCAGGAGCAGGAAGAGGAAGAAGCAGCGCCUCUUCCCACGAACGGCACCAACGGAACCAAUGGAGAAUCGGUCGAGAGGAGAAAGGAUUACCGGGAUGUGAUGGUGACACAUGUCGACGAGGCCGGAAAACUCAAGAUCCAACAGAUCGGCUCUGGCACGAGCGGUCUGACCGAGCUCAUGAACGCCUUCAAGUCGUUCCACCUCAACAAAGCGAACGAUACCCCUCUGCCGGGCCCUCCCAAAGUUGGCGACCUGGUUGCAGCCAAAUUCACGCUAGACAACGAAUGGUACCGGGCUAAAGUGCGCAGAGUUGAUCGCGAAGGCAAGAAGGUCGACGUGACGUAUCUCGACUAUGGCAAUUCAGAAACAGUCCCGUGGAGUCGCCUGCGCCCAUUGACGCAGCCGCAGUUCUCGACGCAGAAGCUGAAGCCGCAGGCCACGGACGCGGUGCUCUCGUUCCUGCAGCUUCCCACCUCUCCGCAAUACCUCCGGGACACGGUCGACUUCAUCAUGGAACAGACCGAUGGUCGCGAGCUGGUCGCGAACGUGGACUACGUCGCACCGGAGGGCACGCUGUAUCUUACUUUGUUGGACCCCAAGAUCUCGUCAAAGAUCGACGAAAGCAUCAACGCCGAAGUGGUCCGAGAGGGAUUGGCCAUGAUCCCGACGAAACUAAAGGCCUGGGAACGACAGUCGGCGGACACAUUGACGCAGCUACGAACCCUGCAGGAUCAAGCCAAGGAAGCCCGCAGGGGCAUGUGGGAGUAUGGUGAUUUGACCGAAGAUUAG